UGCGGGCUUCCAUCUUGGCGAGUGGGACCCCUCGGCCGCGGGAAGAGUCCCGGGCGCUCGUCGGCAUCAAGCGUUGAUUCCACAUUGCCCACCUUUUGGCCCACACUCCUGCCUACUGCCAUCCACAAGAGACAUCAUGUCUCUGCCCCAGAAGAUUCCACAACACUCACCUGAUCAGUGCCUUCCGGCGGAGUGCAGUGUGACCCAGGGCCCUGAGGGGGCGCAUGACUCCAAGGCUCUGGAGGAGCCCUGUCUCUCCUCCCAUCCGCAAAUGCCUGGCACUUCAAAGGAGGCCCCUGAUGCUGGUAACGCGGAGAGUCCUCAGAGCUGCGGUCCAUCUUCCAUUGCCAUCGCAACCAGCUCAACCAGUGAAGUGAAAGAGGGCUCCUUUAGCGAAGAAAAGGACAGGAUCACCUCGUGGCUUGGGCCAGGCACCGAGAACGUGCCCACAGAUGCUCUAAAUAAGGCAGUGGAUGUGCUGCAGGAUCACAUGCUGUUGAACUAUCUACAGAAAGGGCUCAUCACAAAGGAAUAUAUGAAGAACCUCAACAAAGAGUUUGACGUGCAAUUCCCUGAGAUCUUCCAGAAAGCCUCUGAUCGUAUGGCGGUUGCCUUCGGCAUCGAGGUGAAGGAAGUGGAUCCCGUCAACCAGUGCUACGGCUUCAACCUCAAAUUGGGCCUCACCUAUGACGGGCUGAUGCAUGGUAAGGAGGGCAUACCCAAGACGGGCCUCCUGAUACUUGUCCUGGGUGUCAUCUUCAUGAAUGGCAACGUUGCCACCGAGGAGGAACUCUGGAGAGCUAUGAAUGUCAUGGGGUUAUAUGUUGGGAAGGAGCACAGCCUCCUUGGGGAGCCCAGGAAGCUCAUCACCUACCAUUUUGUGAAGGAAAAGUACCUGAAGUGCCGCCAGGUGGCCAACAGUGAUCCCCCACAAUAUGAGUUCCGCUGGGGCUCAAGAGCCCACGCUGAAACCACCAAGAUGAAAGUCCUAGAGUUUCUGACGAAGAUCGAAGGGACUGACCCGACAACGUACCCAUCUCAGUAUGAGGACGCUUUGCGAGAUGAAGAAGUGAGAGCCCGAGCCAGGAAUUUGGCCCAGGAUUUCUUUACUUGUAUGCUCGAGGCACGUUCUCGUGCCAGGCCCAGUCCUCCCUCUAACCCCUAGAGAAGCCCGAGGCAGGCUCUUCGCUUUGUGUUGGAAAAGGUCAGUUAGUGUUCAUAGAAUGUAGGUUUGAGGUGGGGCUGCAAGGAAGACGGUAUCUAUACCUAUGUGUUCUUAUGUUAUAGGGAGAAACUGAAAAACGUUUUUCUUGGAAAACUUUCUGAUUUUUGCAUCUGUAUAGUAUUCAAAUAUUGUCUCUUGGAUGCACUUUUAAUUAGCUUCAAACUCUCCACGUUUAUAAAUGAUACCGGUCAUAUAUUUAGUGCUAUAAGGACUUUUAGUAGUUUCAGUUUUGUUUUGUAAGAGAAAUUCUGAACCAUCUAUCUCAUUUUGUCAUCUGGAAUAAGAACAUGGCAUUGCCCUAGGCAUUUCCAUGGAAAUGUGAAAGAAUUCUGCUCUAAGAUAAUUCAGUUCAAUAGAAAAAUAGAGAAGAACCUCUAAAAGAUACUCCGAUCUUGAGAGUCCUAUCCUUUUCAGUUCCUGUUCUGUAAACUUAAGGGACGCACGCAUGGCUAUCCUAAGCUGUUUAAAUAAACCUUA